AGAGCCAAGUGUUUUUCCCCCCACAGUGAUCAGAACUCAUUCUACCUCUGGAGCUCGCACAAACCCCUCCGUCCCCCAUUCUUCUGUUUACUACAGCCUAUAUGUAGCUUUAAUUACACUGUUGUUUGGUGACAACUUGGACCCCGCUGCUCUCUCUCUCCCUCUCCCCGGUUUUUUUUCUCCUCCUGGCUCCGUAAAAACGCAGAGGAUCAUUCAUAAGGAAUGAGUGGGCUCUCUAUACCGAUUGUUUCCUGGACUACUACACAUUCAGCGUACGGAGCUUUGUGCCAGAGCCGCUGCAGAAAUGUGGGGAAGUAAUGCGUGGCAGCUGUAGCCUCUGGUAUGGACAGCGGUGAGGGAGGAGGAGGGGAUGGAGGGGGAGGAGAGGAGAGAGAUGCUGACCUCAGUCCCCAGGCUUUAUCUCUUCCUCUCCUGACCCUGGCGGUCAUUCCUGAGCAAGGGUCAUCCUCUCAUACCUCAGCCAUGGCCCCUGCCAAAGAGCCCCUGACCCUGCCUCAGCAGCAGGAGGAGGAGGGCGCAGAGGGGUCCCAGGCUAGAGACGAGACCCAGGGAGGGGAGCAGAAUGAAGGAGGCCGACAUUCACAGGAGAAUGGAGCGUGUCAAAAGCAGGGGAUGAAGGAAGACUUCGGGGAGGGAUGUUUGUCAAGGCAAAGGGAGGAAGAAGGGGAGGCGCAUGUAGGUGUGGGAGAGGUGUCAGUUACAGCGGGCCUCCGAGCAGCCCUUAGCAGCAGCAGAGGCGGAGAGGAGGAGAAGGAAGAGGAGGAGGCCAUCUCAAACCAAAGCCAAACCAAAUCCAAAUGUUCUUUAUUACCUCAACAGAGCCAGCACAGCUCUUCUUCCAGCACUGCAAAGGCCAGUGGCACACUCGACAGCAAAAUAGCCACCUCUCCAAAGCCCUCCCCCACUCCUUCCACCUCUCCAAAGCCCUCCCCUUUUCUUUCCGCCUCUCCAAAGCACUUCACUUGUCCGUCCUCCUCUUCUGCCCUGCUGAGCGAGACAGAGGUAAAAGACAUUAAGGGAGAUCAGGGCUGGAUUUCUGGGUUUCCUCAGAGCUUUAAAUCCCAGCAGUCUACUCUGGCUUUUCCAGUGGCAGGUACGGAGCCUGCCAGUACACCUGCUGAGGAUGAUGGGCCGGCAGGGGUUCCUCACUCUUCCAUUUCGAAUGGAGAUGGUGCCAAAGCUCCAGAACCAAAUGACAGCCAGCUAUACACAGAGGUGGAUGACGAGGGAGACAAAGAUGGGGAACAGAAAGAAGCUGUCCUUAAAAACCUCAACCAAGACCUCUCUCCUAAUUCCCUAACUAGUCACAUGACCAUAAUGCACUCACGCAAUUCCUGCAAGACGCUGAAAUGCCCCAAGUGUAACUGGCACUAUAAGUCUCAGCAUACACUGCAAGUCCACAUGAAAGAGAAACAUCCAGAGACGGGAGGCCAGUGUGUGUGCAGCGCCUCUGGGGGAAAGUGCGUUUGUGGUGGUGCAACACGAGACGUGUGUGGAUAUUGCAGUUCGGGGAAACCCCAUCCUCGCUUGGCCCGCGGUGAAACCUACGCCUGUGGCUACAAGCCCUACCGCUGCGAGGUGUGUGACUAUGCUACCUCGUCGAAAGGCAACCUCAGCAUACACAUGCAGUCGGAUAAACACCUUAAUAACGUUCAGAAUGGGGGACACUCGAAUGGUCACAUGCACACCACUCACAUUACCAACAAUAGCAGCUCCUCCAACGGUCACGCAGUGGUGGAAGAGCCUGCAUACAAGCUCCCACUCACUCUUCCCACGCCUGCCACCCAGCCCGCCAAGCUCACACCACCCGCACACACUCACUCUCAUGGUAAGCGGUGGCGGUGUGAUGUGUGCGACUACGAGACCAGCAUUGCCCGCAACCUGCGCAUACACACCACCAGCGAGAAACACACACAUAACAUGCUACGGCUCCAGAGAGGUUACUAUCUGUCUCACUGCAGGAGCAUUGCCCCGCAGCUUAAACAUCUACAAAACACAGGUGCCGAGCUCUCCCUGAACAUGCGACUGACCACCCAACAAGUUGCAGAACAGCCAGUCACCCUUGGGUCUACACUGACUCCAUCUCCCUCCCCCUCUCCCUCUCCCCCUCCAGCCCCAUCUAUGUCCCCUACAGGACCCCUCUCCCAGGGUGUGUUUCAAUGCCUUGUCUGCUCCUGCUUUUCGUCCGACAGCUUAGAGUCUGUGGAGCAGCACCUGAACGCCCCUCGCUCUCUGCCCCAGUCCGAGUGGUGCUCCCUGGUCGCUGGCGGCUGCCACUGCAGGCUGUGUGGCUACACCACCCCGCUGAGGGCUAACUUCUCCCUGCACUGCCAGACUGACAGACACCGCACCCGCUACCAGCUCGCCGCUCACCUCCAGGAGGGUGGUGACAGGGGUCAGGAGGGGGCAGCUCUUAUUGCUAAGGGGAACCCCGUCCAGCUGAGGUGCAACCUGUGUGACUACGUGACCAGCAGUUUGGAGAAGCUACGAGGACAUUCCCUCAGUUCCCACCAUGAGGCCAGCGUCCGGGUGUACAGAUUCUUGCAGCAGUAUGAUGGUGAGGUUGAUGGAGGUUCGUGGCUGUUCCAUUGUCUCCUAUGCAACCACUCCUCCUCUUCUAAACUCCAAGUACUGAAACACAGUCAAACCCCAACCCAUCAGCAGAGGGAAGGGCUACUACAGCUGCAGCCAAUGGGCGGAGAGGAGCUGGCAGCCAUUUUUACCAUCAGGAAAAGCCCUGACAGCGACACAGGAGAGCUCAGUGAGGAUAUGGAAACUCCCAGUGAGACCACCGCUGGUCCUUUGGACACAACCAAAGACUCAUGUAACUUGGGGGUGAAGCAGAUUUCUGAGGAGAUAGGAGAAACUAGGGAGGAGGAACGAGAAAAGAAGGAGUCAUCGCCCCCAGUUAAGCGUCCAUCCUCUCGAUGUGAGGAAAUGGAAAACUCCAUCUCAACCAAACGCCCCAGAAUACACCAGCAAAAUGAGAACCAGCAGACUGUCCAGUGCCCUUUGUGCCAGGUUAAAGUCCCAUACAUGAACCUUCAACAGCAUCUCACACAUGUGCACAGUGUGGCGCAGGACUGUGUGGACAAGCUCAUCAGCACAGUCACACUUACCAUGGAACAACCGCAGCCUGAGCUGCAGACGGAGCCACAGAUGGAGUUGCACACAGAUGAUACUCAGAAAAAUAAAAAGAAUAACAAUGCAAAUUGUUCCCCUCCUGCUGAUUCCAUUGCCUCACCUGAUUCACAGAAAAACAAAGGCAUUUUAGAGGAGAACACUGAGGGAGAUGUAGCCGCACCCAAAGAUGUCACAGCUCUACUCACCCCACCCCUGGAAGACAACACCACUCACCCUUCCAAUGGCAGACUGGCUCCUCAGUCCCCAACUCAGAUCCCCCCCUCUUCCCCGCCCACCUCCUCACCCAGCGAUCCCCCUCCUCUUUCUGAUCGCCAUGGUUACCGGUUCCGUUGCAGCAGGUGCAGCCUGGCGUUCCCAACUCAGGAGAAGCUCCAGCUGCACUGGCAGUACCAUGCCAUGAGAGCGGCGACAGAGUGCCCCCUCUGUUCAAGACAAUGCCGCAGUCAGGAGGCCCUGCAGAGACACAUGCAGAACACACACUCACAGCUGGACAACACGCAGGGGCAGAAUACACUAUUACCGCCCCAUACUGCGCAAUACAUGGAGCACAAUAAGAGUUCAGUCCAGCAAGAUUUUAGUUUAUCACCUCAAGUGGGUCAAGAAGCAGGAGAAGAUGAGGACGAAGAGAUAGAGGAAGAAACCCUGGGCAUGGAAGGAAAGGAGGAACAGAAAGAAGAAGUUCAAUUCAAAGAGAAGGACAUGGUUAAUGAAGUUGAUGAAGUUGAGGAGGAUUUAAAUGAGCCAGAGAAAGGGCCACAUGAGGAGAUUGUAUCAGAACCUAGUUCCAGCUCUCUUGUCAAAAAGAGCUCUAAUCCCACAAUGGACCGCUAUUUAGAUCCAACCAGGCCCUAUAAAUGCACCAUAUGCUCUGAAUCUUUUACCCAGAAAACCAUUCUUCUGGUCCACUAUAAUUCUGUGUCCCAUCUCCACCGGGCCAGGCGAGCCUUGCAGGACUCUGGCACAGGUGUUGCUGCCCCUGAGGCUCCCCGUGGCCCAGAUUCGAGGCCCUAUCGCUGCCGAUUGUGUGGAGUGGGCUACAGCCAGAGCUCCACACUGGACAUACAUCUUCGCUCUGUCCUUCACCAGACUAGAGCUCGUGCCGCCCAGAACUCAGCUCCACAGACCCCAGCAUCAAGUGCAGCUGCUUCAGCCUCAGUCCCUACUACUGCUACCCAGGCUGCUACCACCAGAGAAGAAACAUCCAAAGGUUUUUCUUUUACCAAGAAGUCAGAUUUAAACUCUUCAACCUCUUUGCUUUUAGGCUUAACAGCCGAGGCCCAGCCAGCCCUUUCUAACCAAAAUGACAGCCAGCAGGCUAAAAAGCGAGUGGCAGAGCUUCUAGCGUCAAGAAACCAGCUAAUGUUAAUUCAACAGCAGCAGUUAGCCCAAGCCCAGGCACAGGCCCAAGCUCAGUUACAACAAACAGCUCUGCUCCAGUCCCAACUGAUGCAGCACCUUCCCUACGGGACAGAAAAUCUCCUCAAACAACACUUCUCCCUGACACCAGACAGCUUGUUCUCUCUGCAGCAGCAACUUCUUCUGCCCUUUUACUUGUCAGGAGACAUGAAGCUGAACACAGAGUUAGCUGUUAAGAGCCCAGAACUAAGUCAGUUAAUAUCUAUUAACACCAUCCUAAAAGAGCAAGUGAAGGCAGAAGCUAAAAGGGAGUCUCAGCCCCAAACAGACGUGACACAAACACAGAGACAAAGUUCAAACCCAGAUGUGAGUCAACUCAAAGAUCAUGUGCAGCGUGAAGCCAAGGUUGACCAGACAGAGAGAGUACAUGAUUUUGCUCUUAAGAAGGAAAAAGAAGAAAUGCUUGUUCCUACCAUCAAAAACGAGAGUCAACAGGAGGAAACCAAUUCCUCCUCAGUUAAUCUUGUUGGAUUGCAGUGUCCUCCUCCCAGAGUGCCCUAUGCAGCUGUAAACGGGGAGCCUCUCAGAGCCCUGCUGCAGAGUUAUGGCUAUGAGUUGGCACUGCAGUACAUACAAAGUAGACACAGGCACCAGCAGCAGAUAUCAACUCCUAUGAUACCAGAUAAACAAGAGUGCUCUGAUAUCAACAAGAUGUGCUCAGAGGAGGAAAGAGGUGACUCUAUUGAAUUACAGGAUGGAAAGAUGGAAGGCUGUAAGGAUAACAAAGUAGCAGAUGGAAAAGAAGAUAUAGACGAGAAAAAGUGGAACAAAGAUGAAGAAUCAGCAGACAAAGGGAAAGUAUGCUGUGGAAAGGGAGAAAAGUGUAGAGACUGCGGAAAGUUUUUCUCGGAUGCCUUGAUUCUAAAAAGCCACAAAGAGUACAUUCACAGGAUGCUGUUCCCCACUGCUACACUUGAGAGGUUUUCCAGAGAAUACAGGCUACAGUAUGACCAGAUGUACCCCCUCACACAGCCAAAACCUGGGGAGAAUUCAACUGCUUGCCCCCAAGCAGCAGCCCCAACCCCACCCUCUGAAUCAGAAUCAACACCAGAACCAGUUAAGCCUCAAGUUAAAACCCCUGCACCCUCACCUGUGUCUACAGUUUCCGACCCCAUAAUCAAAACAUGCCCUCCAGUUAUAGACCCAACACCUCCUGCCCCUGCAUCUUCUCCUCCUUGUCCAUCUCAACCUCAAGAUUUGUCACAACAAGAGGCACCCAUCCCAAUCACAUCUACCACAGCUACUUCUCAUACCACAUCCCCAGCUAAUUCCAUACCUCUUACCUUACCUAUGCUUUCUCUUCCCAUGCCCCAGCUUCCUUUACCUCCUCUGACAUUGCCUAAGCUUCCCCUACCCCCAAUUCCUUUCCCCAUGGACCUACCCCUCCUCUCUCCAGUUGUGAUGCAGUCUGUAGCUCUCCAGCAACCUUGGCUAGACUCAAGUGUGAACCCUGAGCUGGCAAAACUCUACCAAUCUCAACUCAACCCAGCACUGCUCAGUCAACAGCCACAACUUAGUCCAGCUGUGCUAGCCCAGCAACCCCAGCUCAGCCCAGCUCUGCAAGGUCAGCCUCCACAGCUCAGUCCUGCACUGCUGGCUCAAACAUCCCAAACAAGCAACCAAACAAGUCAGCAACCCCAAGUCAACCCAACAAUACUUGAACAACAGGGAAAGAGAACCAGAACCCGGAUCUCCGAGGAACAACUCACGGUUCUGAGGAAACACUUUGAUAUUAACACCCUCCCCAGCGAUGAAGAGAUCAACAAGAUGUCUGCUCUAUCUGGUCUGCCACAUAAAGUCAUCAAACACUGGUUCCGCAACACUCUAUUUAAGGAGCGUCAGCGAGACAAAGAUUCACCCUACAACUUUAAUAACCCCCCAACAAUAUCCUUGGAGGAGUCUAGAGAGGAAGUAGCACAAAACCUGCCUCUUACACUUUCCCCUUGUUCACUGUCCCCAGGCCUUCCAGUAACCACCUCCCCACAGGCCCAGACAGUAGACCUCCAGAGAGGAGAACCCCAUAGGGGCAGACGCUCUUCCCGAACUCGCUUCACAGAGCAACAACUUGAAACUCUGCAGGGGGUGUUUGAGGCCACUCCUUACCCCAGAGAAGAAGAAUAUGACAGGCUGUCUGCUCUGUUGAGUCUCCCUAACAGAGUCAUUGUUGUAUGGUUCCAAAAUGCUAGACAGAGAGCUCGCAAAAAUCAAGACCGGGGAUCAGAUGAUGGAUUAGAGGGAAAGAACCAGCUUGACAACAUUCACAGACAGAGAAAUGGCUACUUCAAGAAUGGUGAUGAUAAUGGAGAUAACAGCUAUGGGGAUGAAGGACAAGGUGAUUCUCAGAAUGAUAACUCCAUGGAUCUGAGGUAUGAGUAUUACACCAACCCUGACUCGCCUUCCCUUGAUUCUUCCUCUCACUGCACAGACAGUGAGCAUCCAACAGUCAAAGAUGGACCACCGCUAGUUGAUAUGAAACAAGAAGAUAAAACAAACACUCCUGUGACUAUCAAGAGCCCAGCUCUUGUUGAAACUCUGCCAGAUGCUGGCAUGGAGCGUAAGGAAAUUGUUCAGGGCAUGAAAACAGGAUCCUCUCCAGAAAUGGAGCCCAAUCUGCGGCUUGAAAGUACUCCAGAACGACCCCGGCCUCAAUCCUCCUCUCCAAAAACAGAACCCACCAUCCCAUCCAUGGCCCAUUCCAGCCAGGCGCAUACAAAAAGCUCUUCCACUGAUCAAGCAGUUGAAAAUUCUGUUGAUACAUCACCAAGCAUCCCUGCUGCUCCAGAGUCUGACAGAAGCCACACUCGGCUGCCUGAUGCCAACUCCAGCCUAUCCACUGAAACCCAGCCAAAAAAACAGGUCCAACCCCAAACCCAGGCUCAGUUCCAGUGCAGUCUCUGUCCGAUGUCUUUGCCAUCAUUCCAGCUUUGGCAGGAGCAUCAAACCAGGCAUGUAUUGGCAGCUCAGACCCAGGUCCAGUUUCUCCACUCUGGCUUUACAGACCGUACCUUGCCUUACAUGAUGCUCCACCCUAACCACACCCUGAUGGCCAGCCAAAUGCUUUCAGGUGCCAUGUCCCAGAUGCACCCCAACUCUACACAUCCCAUGAUGUCACACUUAAACAGCAUACAAAUGAAGAACGCAUUCUCCGAUCAUUCAAGCAAUACCCUCAGCAGUCUCUCUCAAAGUUCCCUGACACCCAUGAAGCAGAAUUCAAAGCUUAUGUCAGAGACCAGUUUUGAAAGCCAAAGGGGCAGUAGAGAGGUUGAGGAGGAGCACCGAAGGGAUAAACGUCAGAGAACCACAAUCACCCCAGAACAACUGGAAGUGUUGUAUCAGCGCUACAGCUUGGACUCUAAUCCAACCAGAGGAGUCCUGGAGGGCAUUGCACGUGAUGUAGGCCUCACAAGACGUGUGGUUCAGGUCUGGUUUCAGAAUACACGGGCCAGAGAGAGAAAAGGACAGUUUCGUUCAGCGGGGCCAGGAUCCACCUUCAGCCUGGGUUUCAACCACCUGCGCUGCCCAUUCUGCAGGGCUCUCUUCAAGGUAAAGAGUGCCCUGGAUGCCCAUAUGAGGUCUCGUCACUGGGCUGAAGCUGAGAGAGCAGGCUACGCCUUGUCAAUGAGCAAUGGAUCCAGUGGGCAGAUGGGGAUGGUCAUGUCAUCUCUCAUGGACAGGCCAGGUCCAUCUAUCUCCUCCAACCCUAUCUCAAACCAUGGCUAUGUCAUUAGCAACAAAGAUGUGACUGUGAAGCCGCCUGUGACCUCUUUGUCUUCAACCACCAAUAUGAACAACCCAGACGAGGAUGAUGACUAUGAGGAAGAAGAUGAUGAAUACCCAUGUGAGGAGGGUUCCAGUAUGGCAGACCAAGCUUCUCCUAGUCCUGAGGGAUCUGGGGGACCAAGCUCAGAUUGGGGUGACACACAAAGUCUGCAGCAGCACCACCAUCAGCAGCAGCGCCAAAGGACGCAGAUGAGUCACUUCCAGAUACUACAGCUCAGAGACUUCUACAGGAGCCACCGCACCCCCAACCGACAUGAGUGCGAGGCGCUGGGCCAGGAGUUGGGACUGCCUCACCGCGUAGUGCAGGUGUGGUUCCAGAAUGCCAGAGCCAAGGAGAAGAGGGCCAGAAGCCUGAGCUCUGACUCUGCAGAGCGGGAGCAGGCUGAGCUGUCUGCAGGGGCAGGGGAGAGAGACAGAGCUUAGAGAGGCAGACUACGGUCCUUUUGCGUCCUUUGACUCCUUUCUCCCCAAAACCCCUUCUGCACCUGCUGUCAACUUCUCAACAUAUACCCUGUCUGCUUUGCUGCCAAACCUGUAACCUGAACACCCCAAAGAUGCAGAGCCACAGUGGCCCAAAGACAAACUCUCUCUCAACUGAAAGUCGGAGAGAGCCCAAACCAAGUCCACAGCUUUCCUCGUUUCAUAUUGUUCUUAAACUCUCUUUCCUGGUCUGUACUUUCUUGUUGUAAAGAGCUCCUCUCCCUAUUCUGUCAGACACCUUACUACAACCAAACACCACCUUGAUAAAACCAACCAGAUGCCACAGAGGCCAAAGAGCAUUCUCCAAGUAUGUGACCUCACUGCCCAGCUAGACCUGCAGUCUACCUCUCAGUCUGCAUGACAGACUCACAGUGGGCCCUCCACCAGACAGUGCUAGAUGACUAGCUGUGUAGCAUGUAGUGCCAGUCUGUAAGAGGCUGGGAAAGAAAUUGUCAAAGAGAUUUUAGUGUAAAUAGAGCGCUCCAAAAGAUAAACUUGAAGAAAAACAAAGCAGUUAACAGUGGAAGAAAAAGAAGAUGGGGAAAAAAAACAAAAAAAAUGGAAAAUAUCCUUGAAAUAGACGGAGGUAUUCGCAUAGAGCUUUUGUAAAGACUGACUCAGAUUCCAAAGCUCGUAACCAAAAUUUUACAUGUCUGUGGAUUUAGUUUCAACAUGUUUGUUUUCAGUAACAAACUGCAGAGCUGACGUCUGUACGGUGAAUGGGUGAGAUCUGCAUCUGGCAUAUGUAAGCCGAGUACCAAUGGACUGAAAUGGUGCUUGGAUGCAGCUCCACCCUCCACAAGCCAAUGAUGAGUCUUCUGUUGUACAUGUACACCUUCUAUGUUCCUUUAGUGGAUAACCGCCCAAAUAGCACAGAACGUAAAGGCCAGUUUGUCCUGUCCGGGCAAACUAUUUUUUAUAGCACUCAACCAUUAAACUGUAUAUGAAAACUUUAACCAAACUCAAAUUUACAUUGUGUGUGUUUAGUAAUAGUUUCUUAAUAUAAAUCUUAUGGAUUGAGAUAAACUGUCUUGCUUCGAUAUAAUAGUGUCAUGAUUAUGAAAAGAUUAUGACAGCUUUGAUAUGUUCAGGCAAGGUGACUUACUGCCUUUCCGUUCUAUUUGAAUAUACCAAUGGCUGACCAAUGUUAUGUGAUUAAUGUAAAGCUUUCUAUGCUCAGGUCAACAGCUCAACAUGGCACCACUUCAAAUGUGAUCUUAAUACUAUACUUUUCUGUUUUUAAAGCAGAAGAGGCAUGGUUUAACCUUGGACUAAGUAUUAAAAAAAGAUAUCUACAAAAACAUCUCUGUAUUUCAAAGAUCUGAGCUUUUCACCUCUGAGUAAUAGAUUGUUACAAAAACCUUAUCGAAACUAAAGUGUUUAAUAGUGUGAGGGGUAAAUGUACAGUAUUUAGCUUUUGUAUGGUUGACUCAAGACUUCAUUGGAUGAUUGAGAUAUAGCUCCCUUUUCCACUUACAGAUAGGGAGCUACUGCGCAAAGCUGAGAAAAACUUUGGAUGUUAUUGAUGUUAUUUUUGUACACUUAAUUUAUUUUCCCUCUUUCUCCUUCCCUACCUGCUUUCCUCGGUUUCUCUCUACCUUUCUUCCUGUGUUCAUUUGCAACCAGUCCUUAUUCUAACUGUAAUAAUGAUAAUAUAACAAUAAUAGCUAAACAAUAAUUAAUGCUUUAAGACAAAAAUCCAAAGACGUGAUAAUACUUUAACCAUAUGACCUACAAAAAUAAGCGCUACUGUUUACUUGACGAUGUAUUGCUGUUUUUAAAGAAGGAAGGAGUCCCUAUAUCUAAGCUACUGUUUUCUGCCUCUCAUAAGCACACUGGAGACUGUAACCAAAACCCCAAACUAGAGCCAUGGCAGUCUGUAAUAUAGUGGUUAAAGAGUUUUACUUCUCUUGAGAAAUGUUGCAGUUUAUUUUUCUUUCUUUCUUUUUUUUUUUUUUACCAUAGUGUUGAACUUCAGCCCUUAAGGAUGUCCAGUUUGCUGCUAAUGUACUGUAGUUUCUAACGAUACUGUAGAAAGAUGCAUGCUCUGAUCGCUUUACCACUAGGCUUUAAUGACUACAAACUGUAAUGAUACCUGUGAUGCUGUUGAUAAACUGCGCCUCUCUUAUUCUGUUGAAAACAAAUGGAUAUGUGGGGCUCAAUUCCAUCAGGUUUGUUUUUCAGUAUCUUAUUAAUUACCCCUACUCAGAAGACAAAAAUGGCUUUCGUAAUACCAGAAUUAUUUUUUCAAGCUUCCAGUUUUAGAGAAACCUGCCUGGGGCAUUAAACUUCUCAAUACUUAUGGAGAUACUGCAUAGCUAUUUGAAGGAGUUUAGUCCCAAACCUUCUACUGGUAUGUUUUCAGUCUUUCUGUGUUGCAAUGUCUCUCGUCAGUUCGUCCAGCUGAAAACAGCUUUGCUGAACUCAAACUGACAUCACAGCCAACUUUCCAAAGGAUUUGGACUGACUAACGCUGUCAUGUUUUGUUCUUAAACUAACCAAUGUUUACGACAAUACCAAUGAGCUUUUCUUCUGUACAGAAAUGUGCAUUCCAAAUACCACAAAGGCAGUUUUUUGUAUACUGAUUAUUUUCAAAUUUCAUUUCUCUCACAUUCUCUUGAUCUUAGUGACUGUAAGAUGUACAUAUUGGGGUCCUCUAUGGUGAAGGGACUCUGUUAUCCUUACUGUAGGUAAAAAAAAAAAAAAAACUAUUCUUUUCAUUUUUUUCUGGAUAUGUUGUUGCCAUAGUGAUGACCAAAAAGAUACCUGUGAUGUGCACCUGUCCUUAUGUCCUGCUCCAGUGGUUUAGUGUGUCUCUAUACUCUCCUUCCCCUGGUUCUCCUCUACUGGUGUGUGUUUCUCUUCCUUCCCCUUCCCUUACUCCACUGAGCUAAAUAAAGUCUGCUUUGGUGCAUG